AUGCAGGCAAAGCAUGACGAUGUCCUCCAACAACACCUGGCGAGAGUAAAGAAAAACGCACAAUACACAUCCAAGGUGGUCCAAAAUGAAGUGAUUGAAGUAGUUGGUGAAUACAUACGGAAGGAGAAUACCAGAGACCUUGAAAAUGAUAAUGCAUUCUAUUCUAUCAUGGCCGACGAGGUAACUGACCCCUAUAGUAACCAGGAAAUUUUGUCCGUGUGUUUGAGGUUGCUGACCGAUAGACCUGCAAGGGUCCGCAAACUAUUUAUCGAUUUCGUUUAUCUAGAGAGGACGACUGGGGAAUCAAUAGCACAUGCUAUAACCAAGUGUCUCAGAAAAAAACACAUUGACAUAUCCCAGGCUAGGGGCCAGAGCUACAAUGGCGCAGCUUGCAUGUCCUCGGCGAAGAUGGGUGUCCAGGCACGGAUCCGACAACUUUCCCCGCGCGCGUUAUAUGUUCACUGUAACAGCCACGUCCUCAAUCUCAGUAUUGCUAGUGCAUGUAAACAACCCACCAUCCGAAAUAAGAUAGACACUCUGAACGCCGUGUUCCUGUUCUUUGUCUCCGAAACGACAGAGGUUCCUCAAGAGAAUUCUUGA